AAGAAGAAAGGGGCUUGGGAAUAGAAAGCACGCGAAGAAGAGCCAGGCGUUGGAGUUGUAAACAUGGCUUCUUCCAUCGGCUGUCAGCAUUAUGUACGCAGUUGCCUCUUGAAAGCUCCAUGCUGUGGGAAACUCUACGUGUGUCGGCUCUGCCACGAUGCAGAGGAGAACCACCAGAUGGACCGCUUCAAAGUCCGGGAGGUUCUGUGUUCGGAGUGUGAAACCCUGCAGAAGGCUCAGAAGAACUGUCAGCAGUGUCAUGUGCAGUUUGGGGAGUAUUACUGUGAUAUCUGUCACCUCUUUGACAAGGACAAGAAGCAGUACCACUGUCAGCCUUGUGGGAUAUGCAGGAUUGGGCCCAAAGAGAAAUACUUUCACUGUCAGAAGUGCAAUUUGUGCUUAGCCCAGGACCUGCAAGGAAAUCACAAGUGUGUCGAGAACGUAUCAAGGCAGAACUGCCCAGUGUGUAUGGAGGAUAUUCACACAUCCCGGAUUGGUGCUCACGUUCUUCCUUGCGGCCAUCUUUUACACAAGACCUGCUUUGAUGCCAUGCUCAGUAAACGCACGUACCGCUGUCCUCUCUGCAUGCAUUCCGCCUUGAACAUGGACGAACACUGGGAAAUGAUGGACAAAGAGAUCGCUCAGACACCAAUGCCCGCUGAGUACAAGGAUGCCAGAGUCAAAGUUAUUUGUAACGACUGCCAGGCCCACUGCACCGUGCCUUUCCAUGUGUUGGGGAUGAAAUGCGCUGAAUGUGGCUCCUACAACACAGCGCAGGAUGGAGGACUCAUGCAGCAGCAGCAUCAGGAGCCGCAGCAGCAGCAGCAAGAGGAGCCGCAGCAGCAGCAGCAGCAAGAGGAGCAGCAGCAGCAUCCGGAGCCGCAGCAGCAGCAAGAGGAGCAGCAGCAGCAGCAGCAGCAUCCGGAGCCGCAGCCCUCAGACCUGCACACAGAGAACGAGCCGGAGCCGCAGAUGCCACAUUAAAACCCAGGAGUCAGUGACUUUCCCACAUUUGACAUUUGAUCAAUGAACUUUAUAUUAAUAUAAAAACAAGUGAACCCAUUCAUUUCCCUCAACAAGAAAGGUGAAGGAGGAGUUGUGGAAUCUCUCAUUGACACUGACAGACGGUUUGCAGUCACAGACCUGAAUGCUUUUAAACUGUAGUAAACUGGGGCUUAACACAGCUGCCUGAAAACAGUUGAUUUUGUGCCAUAUCCCCUGGUUAAAAAUUAAAAAAAAACAGACCUGUAAUUUGUAUAGUGCAUGUCAUGUGAAAUUUUUCAGAAGAUCUGGAGUUUUGGAAAAUGCCUAAUAAAAACAGAAAUGGGUAUGCAGCACGUUGUUGCUUUAUCAUAGGGGCUCAUUAAAAAUAUAUUUGCUGUUUUCAUCUUUUUGUUCUUGCAGGCAUUAUUAAAAAGCUUGGCUUAAAGCGUCGUUAAUUCUGUCUAAAAAUGCAUUUUUAUGAAGAUAAAACUCAUCUUUGAAAAAAAAAGUAAUCUCGACAAGUAGCUUCAUUUUGUUAUUGUCUUUUAGUGGGUUGUAUGAAGUACACAUGAGAAGUCAUUAUCUUACCAGGAAACAGUGAUCAGGUCACUGUGUUUACCAAAACACUCAGUCGGUGUGUGACUGUCAUAGUGCGAUGAUCUUGAAUAAAAUUGUUAGACUUUU